AUGGUGCGCGUCACCGACGACCUGGCGCUCUCGCCCGACGCCCUUUCUCUCUAUCACGCCUCUGAUCCGCUGCUCGGCCAUCUCCCUGUCCUCAUCUUCCACGGCCCUUCCACCACCGCCAACUACACCCUCAACAGCUCGCGCAUCCAAAUCCACAUUCUGUCGCCCGCCGGCUUCCGCUCCUUCCCGCGCAUCCCCAUUUCGCCGAGCUCGCCCUUUUACAGCGUCGUCAACUUUCUCCCUCGCGAGAUCCAGGUGGACGAGGUUUACCGCGGCCUAGCCUUUGGCCUGUUCAAGUACUUUUCGGAGCUUCCCGAUGGCGUCAAAAAGUAUCUCAGGAACCUGUACCCGACCCGAGGGGUGCGCCCGGGAAGCGACUCCAUGCUCUUUGGGGAGAGACACGCCGCAGACUUGGUCGAGGUCAUGGUCAAGAGCGAGAACACUGCCGAGGUGAUUGCCGCCGUGCAGGAUGCGCUCCAGACGCAGCAUGUCAAUAAUGUGGACGUGGACCUCGUCCUCCCUCCCGGUGCCAUCAUACCCCUCCAACCGGCCGACUCGGACCAUGUACCAGAGAACGAGGACGACAUUCUGGACCCGACCUUGAGACAGUAUGGAGGAUAUACCCCUUUGGUAAAGUUGCUUGGCGAGCCAGUCUUCCUGCCCACCAGUAAGCUGCGCCGCGCGCCGUCGAAACCUACGUCGGUAAACCGAGCAAGGACAUUUACCAGAGAUCAAAAACGUCAACUUCGCAUGAAGCUGGAAGAGUUGGUCGAUACAGAGGAGAGGUAUGUGAUGAAGCUGCGGGAACUCGUCCAUCACGUGGCCAAGGAUUUCCGGCAGCACUCGAGAGCAAGGUCAGAGGCAAGCCUCAGUCCGUCUGAACAAGAGCUGGAAAGGUUGUUUCCUGCUUCAGCAGAUCAAAUCUUGGAGCUCAACUCCCAAUUCAUGCAACAGCUCCGCAAAAUCAUGGACGAAACCCAAGAGGAAGCCCUCAUGGACAUGGACAAGGUCGGCGCCAACAUCAGCGGCUUCAACGGCUCGGGCCCAGCCCGCUCCAGAGAUCCUAGCGGGGCCCUCGGAAUGGCAAAGCUGUUCCAUGAAUGGUUCCCGAGAUUCACCAAGAGCUAUCAAAACUACAUCAGGGCCAGCCAGCAUUUCUCGACCCUGCUCAACACUUUCCUCGACCAACAGUCCAGCUUCAGACAACGGGUGAUGCAAACCGGCGAACAGACCAUCAGAUCUAUACUUAUCGAGCCCGUGCAACGACUGCCUCGUUACAGCCUCCUCAUAGAUCAAAUUGUCAACUCGUUGCCCAUAACCCAUCCGGCUCUGCAGCCCAUGCUCAAGGCCCGUGACAUCAUCACCAAUAUAUGCUCUAUGGAUGACCCAUUGACUGACGGGACCCAUGCUGCCCACAGACUUCGGAACAUGGUGGAGUCAUGGCCGCUGCAUUUGGAGCCAGAAGGUCGACUUCUAGUUGCUGCCGAUUUUGUCGAACUCGCGCCCCCGUUCCAGAGCGCUGACGAGUUGAACAACUCGGGUCUCUUGCUUUUGUUUGCCGACUGCGUCGUUAUUUUGAAGAAGAAUGGGUCCAACAUGACGGGACGCGAUCUGCUCCGGGAGUUUGACAAGCCAUCGGCAGCAGAACUACUCAUUUCCAUGACAAAUGCCGCUGGAGGCGCCGCGUCAUACGAGUUCGCCUUUGCCGGCUGGCACGACUUGGCAGACUUGCGAUUCACCGAAUCAGCUGAUGGGUCGCUGGUUUGGAUGACGUCGACGAAGGAUUUGAGAGAUGCCAACUUGGGGUCGUCAUUCAAGGCGAGCAAGGGAGCCACGUCUCGGUGCUUUCUAUUACAAGAAGCCUUCCAGGGGAGGGCCAGUAAAUUGAGCGAGGACAUUGUAAAGGCGAGAAUCGAAGCGCGAUUCUCCGAGGCCGAGCGGGAGGAUCCUUGUUGGACCCUGCGAUCGGUACGCAUCCAGGAUAACAACCUCGGGCUGCACGUGGCAGUCUUCCAAGAAGGAGCAGACCAACUGAUAGAGGGUCGAAAAGACCCAGCACCUAUCCGUGUCGUGGUGGACCAUGAAAAGGGAACCAAGGGAGCGCCUCUCGGUCAUUACGGAGUCGAGAUCGUAAUCAACCUCUCUAGCAAUCAUCUGAAACGAAUAUCAAUGCUGACGACCGGGCUACACGGCAAACAAUUCCACGAUGAAAUCGAGCUCGAGGACCUUAUUCCCACCAUGUCUCGCCGCCUCAUACAGCUUCUCAGCUCGCAAUUUCACGUCAGAAAUACACAGCUGACGGCUCCAAUGAUCUCGUACUACACCAAGACUCUGCGUGGGCUGAGCUUUUCGGCAAGCAGGACUGAGAAAACGAGAUCAUUCCUCACGGCUUCUCCCGUGAAACUCUUCUCAAGUCUUUGGAACGGUGGCUCCAAUGCCAACAAUCCAGAUGUCGCCGUAUCCGGUACAAAGACUCAGCAACCACCGUCGCUUCACAGAGCAAACAGCUUCCACUCCAUGUUUGGCUCAAUCAGGGGCAAGGACAGUCGUCCGAAUACUGCAGACGGCAAACCAGAGAAUCCUUUACUUCGACUCGAGCAAACAUUCACCGGCUUUGUUGCGGCGCUUCAGUCCCGAAAAGGAUUCGUAAUUGGCCGAUCACUGCUGAAUCGGUCACUCGUGGACGAGCUAGCCGUCAAUGACUUGUACAAUAGAUUCAUUGAAAAUCCUCUCGAUUAUAGAGUUGCCUCCGAUGUAGGGACUGAAGUUGUCUUUGUGGCAUAUGAAAAGUUCCUACACAUAGCCUGGGCCGAGCAGAUGGGGCCGGUGAUGACCACACAAGUCAUGGAUACGUUGCUCGAAAGGGCGAACAAGCGAGUUCCCGGGGAUUUCGCUGAUUUCGUCAACUACCUUCUCAAAGACAUGGCACCGCAGAAUCGACGAGCAUUCAUCUCCCUCAUCAAGCUACUCGCUGAUUUGUUGGAUGGGUGUGGCAACGACAGCGACAGGGGAGCAUUGACCCUUGCCUUCGCCGAGCUUCUUGUCACCAGUGGCGCCGCACACAACUACAUCAACCUUCUGGAUCGGCUCGUCCAAGACUGCGACAGGAUGUUUGAUGAUCAGAACGCUAGCCAGGGCUUCCAUCCCACUGUGACCGGUUUCGACUCCUGCGCACUGGCGUACCGCCCCGGCAAGGCUCACACAGGAUCCAUCACAUCCAACGCCUCUUCGCUGCGGCGCAAGUUUGGCCUAGAUUCCAUCCUUCGUCAAGGCUCGAAAGAUGAGCGACCAUCUAUGUGGCGCACGUUGAGCAAGCAUCGAAAUCCCGCUACCGGCGAAGCUUCGACGUUGACCAGCGACAUGCUAGACGUGAAUAGGCCGGUGGAUGACAACAGCCUGCCAAGGAGAAAGCAUCGGCGAGCCAUGUCUCGCGACAGACCCCAUCUCGGUGGCGCAUUUGACGAGCUGCCGGAGCGACCGAGCAGUUCACAUCGGCUGGACUUUCCCCUGGAUACCAUUGGAGAACCAUGCUCUCCCGAGAGGGCCCUUUCGAAAAGCUGGAAAAAGAAGAGACGCAGCUCACUGUCGGACCUGAAGAGUCUGAUGGCUGCCGUUACCCUGGAAGAUGCAUCAUAUCAGCCUUUGCAGGCAACCAAACCGACAUCAGGCAAGGUCAACAACACCGGCCCUCCCGCGAGCCCCAAACCAGCACUACUUUCAAAGAUACCGGUAAACCCCAGCGUCGCUGAAGCUCUCAAAAAUACCAGACAAAGGGAAAAGGAAAGGGAAAAGGAAAAGGAAAACUCGAGCAGUCCUUUGAAAGCAGCUGCAGGUACGGCCGACCAGGCUGCGACUCCCAAUGGACCAGGAACGCCGAGCAGGCUGCCGAGGCAUUCAAAGAGCCACUCAGUGUCCGCCAUCCCGGUCCUCAGACCAGCCAAGUCGGCCUCGAGCGUGGAACCGGCAAUUCGCUCCGGUAGCCCUACCCGCUCCAAUGCACAACGUCUCCGGAUGCACUCGCCGCAGAAGCUCAGAGAGCGUCUGCAGUCGGAGAAGCAGAUUGCUCAAGAAGUCGACUCGUCUUUGCAAUCUGAGCUCACCAAGAUCGGAGAAGAGAUGGCGUGGGUCGACCCUUGCCCCCCUACUACGCCAAGCAUCCCGACUACGCAGACGGGUGGUUUCGCCACGUCCCUCCAGGAGUUGGAAGACAAGAUUCAAGUAAUGAUGCGUGAGCUUCACGCAAAACACGCGACGACACAGCAUGAACUGGACAUUACGCUGAGAAACACGGAAGCAAAAGUACGGGCCAUCGACCAGCUACACAAGGAGGUGGUGGCUGAAAAUGAGCUGCUGUAUGAAAAAUACAAUGGAGAGCUGGGGAGGAUCAUCAAGGCGAUAAAGGGCAAGUCGAGGGAGGACAAGGAGGAUCUGGUCGCCAAGUUGAAGGAGCAAGGAGAGGAGACGGCGCGUCUGAAGCGAGAGAAUGCUCGUCUGAAGCGGGAAGUGGUCGGCUUGAGGGCAAUGUUGAAAGGCGGAGAGUAA